GACCAUUUGUCGAGCAAUCAGUUUAGAAAAUAAACCCCUCAAGCGAUGGUAAAGCUAAUGCUAAAUGUUGUGGUUCUGAGCCUGCUGCUUUGUCUGGCAUUGGCAAUGAGUCGCCAGUUGAUUGAACACCGAAGGAAGAUUUGCAUGGAACCCGAAGCAUACGGCAGCUGCAACCAAAAGCAGUUGCGUUGGUAUCACGACCCAAUGACCAGCGCUUGCAAGCCGUUCUACUACAGUGGCUGCGGUGGAAAUUAUAACCGAUUCAACCGCGAAACACUAUGCUGGGACUACUGCAUGGACCCGGCUAUCUCUUAUGAUAUUGACUAGGGAUUCCAUAAGUUGUCAAUUGCUAAAAAGUUGGGGGACUCGUGGACUAAUAAUUGUUGAAUA